CUGCUGCCCCGCGCCGCCGCCGAGCAGGUUGUCCUACUGGACUCAAAGGAAUCGCAGGCGGAGCUGGGCUGGACCUCACACCCAUCGGACGGGUGGGAAGAGAUCAGUGGCGUGGAUGAAUCCUACAAGCCCAUACGCACGUACCAGGUCUGCAAUGUCAUGGAGCCCAACCAGAACAACUGGCUGCAGACAGGCUGGAUCGCCAGGCGUGACGGCCAGAGGAUCUUCAUUGAGCUGAAGUUCACCCUGCGGGACUGCAACAGCAUCCCUGGCGUGACAAGCACUUGCAAGGAGACUUUCAACUUGUACUAUGUGGAGUCUGACUCGGACCUGGGCCGGAGUGUCCGUGAGAACAAGCACACCAAGAUCGACACCAUUGCUGCUGACGAGAGCUUCACACAGGGAGACCUGGGCGAGCGCAAGAUGAAGCUGAACACUGAGCUGAGGGAGAUUGGGCACCUGAGCAAGAGGGGCUUCCACCUGGGCUUCCAGGACGUGGGCGCCUGUGUGGCGCUGGUCUCCGUGCGGGUCUAUUACAAGAAGUGUCUCAGCACCGUGCAGAACUUGGCCAUGUUCCCAGACACAGUGGCAGAGACGGCCUUUGUGACAUUGGUGGAAGUUAAGGGCACUUGUGUCGCCCAUGCUGAGGUGGAUGUGGAUAAUCCCCCUCGGAUGCACUGCAGUGCAGAGGGCGAGUGGCUGGUGCCCGUAGGGAAAUGCAUGUGCAGCCCUGGCUUUGAGGAGAAGGACGGGGGAUGCCGAGCUUGCCUUCCGGGGUUUUACAAGCUCUCCCUCCGUCUCCCUCUGUGUUCUCCAUGCCCUGAGCACAGCUUCACACACGAGGAAGCCUCCACGUUCUGUUUGUGCCAGACGAAUUACUCCAGGUCUCCUUCAGACCCCCCGUCCGCCUCCUGCACACGCCCACCCUCUGCCCCGAGGAACCUGGUGUACAGCCUGCACCAGUCGUCCCUGGUGCUGGAGUGGAGUGCCCCCGCCGACGCCGGUGGCCGCAGUGACCUGACCUACAGCCUGUGGUGUGGCCGGUGUCCCGCCGUGCCCCAGGGCCACUGCGAGCAGUGUGGCAGCAGGGUGGGCUUCGUGCCGCAGCAGACGGGGCUGGUGGAGCGCACGGUGACGCUGCUGAACCUGCUGCCCCACGCCAACUACACCAUCCGUGUGCUGGCCCUCAACGGCGUCUCGGCCGUGAGCCCGCUGGCCGGCCAGCAGUACGCCGAGGUCAACGUGUCCACUGGCCACGCAGUGCCAACUCCUGUCACCGACAUCCGCACGGACAAAGUGGAGCAGAAGAGCGUCUCCCUGUCGUGGCAGGAGCCUUCAGGAGGCUUCCUGGCUGCCAAUGGCACCGAGUACGAGGUCAGGUACUUUGAGAAGGAUCAGAGAGAUCAGAGUUACUCAACUGUGAAAACCACAUCGACAGCCGUGACGGUCAAUAACCUGAAGCCUGGCACCCUCUAUAUUUUCCAAAUCAGAACAUCUUCCUCUCCAGACUAUGGGAAUUACAACCCUGGCAUUGAAGUGGAGACACUGGCAGAGUUGACAGUGGCCUCCAGUGAGCAGAGCUCCAUCCUCAUCAUCACAGUGGUGGCCAUCCUGGGGCUGACAGUGCUGGUGUCUGUGGUGGUUGGAGUGAUGGUCUGGAGGAGGCAGUGUGGGUACAGCAAAGCCAGCCAGGAUGGGGAUGAGGAGCUUUACUUCCACUUUAAAAUACCCACCAGGAGGACAUACAUUGACCCCAGCACCUGUGAAGACCCCAUGCAGGCUGUGCACCUCUUUGCCAAGGAACUGGAUAAUGCCAGCAUCAAAAUUGAGAGGAUCAUCAGGACAGGAGAGUUUGGGGAGAUGUGCCGGGGCUGCCUGAAGCUGCCCAGCAAGCGGGAGCUGCCCGUGGCCAUCCAGACGCUGCGGGCAGGCUGCUCGGAGAAGCAGCAGCGCUCCUUCCUGGCCGAAGCCUGCACCAUGGGCCAGUUUGACCACUCCAAUGUCAUCCGCCUGGAGGGGGUCAUCACCAGAGGGAGCACCAUGAUGAUAGUGAUGGAGUACAUGGGGAACGGCCUGCUGGACUCCUUUCUCAGGAAACACGAGGGGCAGUUCACAGGCACCCAGCUCAUCUGCAUGCUGCAGGGCAUCGCCUCUGGCAUGGUGUACUUGGCAGAGAUGGGCUAUGUACACAAAAGCCUUGCUGCCCACAAGGUCCUCGUGAGCAGCAGCCUGGCAUGCAAGAUCACAGGGUUCAGACGGCCACAGGAGGAGAAGAUGGAAACCAUCUUCUCCACCAUGCGUGGGAAGAGCCUGGUGCUGUGGUCAGCCCCUGAGGCUGUCCAGUAUCACCACUUCAGUCCUGCCAGCGACGUGUGGAGCUUCGGGAUCGUCAUGUGGGAAGUGAUGUCCUACGGAGAGAGACCCUACUGGGACAUGUCCCACCAGGAUGUGAUGAAGGCUGUGGAGGAUGGGUUCCGCCUGCCUGCCCCAGCCAACUGCCAGCCCCCCCUCCACCAGCUGAUGCUCAACUGCUGGCAGAAGGACCGCAGCCAGCGGCCCAAGUUCUCACAGAUCCACAAUGCCUUGAGCAAGCUGGUGCAGAGCCUGGAGCCCCCCAAGUGCCCCAGCUCCACGUCCCAUGGCACGUCCAUCCCCCUCUCCAAGAGAACCUUCUCAGCCUUCCCAUCUUUCAGCUCUGUGGGUGAGUGGCUGGAAGCUAUAGAAAUGGGCAGAUACAAGGACAACUUCACUGCUGCGGGCUACUGCUACCUGGAGUCAGUGGCCAGGAUGACAGCCCAAGACAUCCUCAGCCUGGGGAUCACACUGGCAGAACACCAGAAGAUCAUCCUGAGUGGGAUCCAGAGCCUGCGGGCCCAGGUAAUCCAGAUGCACGGGCGAGGCGUGCAGGUGUGA